AUGCUCAAGCCCAGUCCUCCUUUAGACCAACAACAGUGCAAUGCCUACAUAACAGCAGUGACCUCCCUGUUAAGAAAGGAGUUGCUCUUAGAAGUUCUACGGAUCGAUCUUUCAAGCUGGAUAAACCCCACAUUGCCACUGGGUAAAGGCUCACCCGAGCUUCUCGAGGGCGGUUUGUCUAGAGGAGAAGGAGGUUCGCGCUGCCUGAGAGCAGCAUACACAAUCACACAGCUUUUGGAGCUGGAGAAAAUAUUCCACUACAACAAAUAUCUUUGCCGACCACGCCGUGUGGAAAUAGCCGUGCUGCUCGACCUUAUGGAACGCCAUGUUUCAGAACCGAAGGAUGAAACACAAACGCCAGACCCAGACUAAAGACAUCCACGGGGAG